AUGCGGUCAUUGAACCACAGACCGACCACACCCAGCCCACCCAAGGACUCGCUGCCGCCCCGGCACCCCUUCCCACUCCGCCGGCUCUCCACGGCCUCCCCCGACGGCGCGCUCCACCUGAUGGAGGAGCCCGCAUCGACCACGCGCGACGGCGGGGGUGUCCACCGGCACACCCUCAGCCCGAUGGGGAACGCGAUCUUCCUGGACUCUCCCAUUAAGCCCAGAGAAGGUCCCUGCGUCAUUCACGGGGACUCCUACCAGCUCGUCAAGUGCGCGCUGCAAGCGCUGCCGAACAUCGCCAACGAGUUCGCGUACCCCGUCGUCGCCCACAUCCUCGCACAGGUGCGCGAGCUCCUAGACUGUAAGACAUGCGUUGUCUGCACGCUUACUAGGGCCAACAAUUGGCUCCUGGUCGGAUUGCUCGCUACGGGUCAUUCCACGGAUGACUACGUCUACACCGUCUUUGAGGGCCUCGUCAGGGAGGAGGUCGAUAUUGACGAGGCCCUCGCCCGCGUCCUCGCUGGGAGGAAGAGGGUGGUCGGUCAGGGUCAGUCGCGUGGUUCUUCGGAGAAAAGGGACUGGCGUCUGCUCUUCAAGAGGGCCGCUGGAAAGCUCGCUGUGGGCAGGAGGAAGAGCUGGCGUAUCCGUUUCAACAUGGCGGUGGAAAAGCUCGCGGCCAAAUUGAAGGGCAAGAAGAAUAAUCCACCAACGGAAGGUACCGACACUACGUUCACGGAAGGGUACGUGCAGGAAAUGGAACCCCCGAUGCACGUAUGGGACAGCCGCCUCUCCAAUAUUUCCACCAACUUCUGA